AUGGAUGACAACCUAUACUUAACUACUUAUGAAGCAGCAUUGGCGGUUGUAGCCACAGCCAUGAAAAAGGCUCGUUUACGAAUAGACGUGCUAGUCAUCAACUCAUUUAUGGGAGGAAUGCUAUUUACAACGGGAGGAAUGCUCUAUGAUUUGAUACGGGCAGGUUUUUCUGGAAUAAAUGAAACCAAUCCAGGUGUCAUAAGUUUGCUUCAGGGGAUAUGCUACCCUAUUGGGUUAUUCUACGUCGUUAUUCUAGGGGUGGAUUUGUUCAAUUCAAAUAUUCUAUUUUUCAGCACUGCCUUAUGCCGAGGGGCAGUUUCCUUUCUAGACUUAUUUAUUAGUUGGUUUGUUAGUUGGUGGUUUAAUCUUGUUGGAAAUAUCUUUGUCUGCUAUAUAUUUUGCUACUAUUCGGAUGUUGUACGAACUCAGCUAAUGGUAGUCGGAUCUGUUGAGGUCGCAGUUCAGAAAGCUGAAUCUACUUUUGUCGAGACACUCUUAAAGGCUACAGCAGGAAAUUUCUAUGUGUGCUUGGCAAUAUUUCUUCAGUUAAUGGCAAAGCCUUUACAUGUUAAGUUUUUAAUGAUGUUGUUACCCGUUUUCACAUUCGUAGCCAUGGGAUUUACUCACCUGGUGGCCGACAUGUUUUUAGUGACAAUGGGAUUGAUAAAUGGUGCACCAAUAUCAGUAGGAAAAGCCGCGUGGAAAGUUUUCUUGCCCGGAGCGAUAGGGAACAUUAUUGGAGGGUCAUUUUUUGGAGUUGUUAUAACUUGGUAUUUGCAUAUUUAUGUCGUGGAAAGAGACAGAGCUGCUUUGAACUUGCCACAAUAUGAGUUAAGAGACGAGCAACCCGAAUUGAAUCAAGAUUCAAGAGUUGUACGGAAAAAGAGCCCCAGAAUGGAGGAUGAAGUGGUUCACACCAACAAAUUUGACGAUAGCGAAGAGUCAGAGGAAAUUCAAGCACCCGAAGAUUUUUACCCCACUCCAGUUUAUGACGAAACGAGUAUUCAACUGUAUAGAUUGACACACAGAAAGACCAGAGACAGUAUUUCGUCUUUGCGAUCAACACGGAGAUCUCCUAAAAAUGUGUUUCCAGUGUAUGGUAUGGGGGCACCUUUAAAGCGAGAAAGAACAAUAGCAGGAGAGGUAUCAACUCCAGCUGAACCCAUGGACGAAAAAUUAGAAGAAGAGGCUGAAUAUAUCGGAACAAGGUUAAGGAAAGCAAUCUCCAACAGAUCGAAAGUGCUGGAUUUGGAAGCAAACAAAUCACCUUCAAACCAUGGAUCCCGUCAGCCAACACCGAGAUCUUCGUUUAGCCGCAGAUCAAGUAAUGUAGGCAUCAUCAAAUCAAGCGAGGGACCGGAUCCCACAGAUUCAAAUAUUGAUCUAGCAGAUAUAAGAGAGUAA